AUGAUGACCUGGAAUACACGGACUAAGAAAGCCUUCAGCUCUCCAGCGGCUUUUCUCAAGGCCAUCGAAACAAAAGAAGUUGACGGGGAGAAGGCCGCUUACAAUGAGGAUCUACUUCCAACUGAAUCUGGCAAGUCUCUCUAUAACCUCGGGGCCUCUUUAGCCACAAUUGGUCUGACGUGGUGGCACACCCUCAUUGCUGCAGUGAUAGGCUCAGUUUUCCUAUCAAUAAUUGUUGUUCUCAAUUCGCGCGGUGCGACGCAAUACCAUGUUGGAUUCCCUGUCAUCGGCACUGCUGCUGGUGGUCCACGGGGUGCCAAGUUCUUCAUUUUCAUUCGCGGUGCGGUCGCCGUCAUCUACUUCUCUACAAAUCUCUAUUAUGGUGGAAUGUUAAUGGCGAUCCUACUGCGAUGUAUAUUUGGCUCGGCGUGGGACAACAUACCUAAUCUUCUUCCUAUGAGCGCUGGCAUUACCAGCGCAAAUCUGCUGGCCUUCUUUAUCUUCUGGAUCUUCCAGAUGGGUCUGAUGUUUGUGCACCCUAUUGUGUUGAGACAUAUCUUUGUCAUCAAGGCAUUCUACAGCACCAUCGCUUUGGUGGCGGUUCUAGGCUGGGCUGUACACCAGAAUCAUGGAUCGCUCGGUAGCUUCCACUUCGAGGGACAGGCUGUUCUUUCUGGCUUGCAACUUGUCUGGCCUAUGAUCUCGGCCAUAAACUCAAUUUGCGCUGCUUUGUGUCCCAUUCUGAUCAAUCAACCUGAUAUCGCACGAUAUGCACAGAGACCGUCUCAAGCCACUUGGUCUCAAAUUUUGGGGAUCUUCAUCAGCAAAAUUAUGAUCAUGUUUCUCAGUGCUGCAACUACCAGUGCUACGCAGGGAUUUCUGGGUACAUCCUACUGGAACGUGUGGGAUCUUUACAAUGCCAUACUGACCACCUACUGGGGCCCGGGUGCGCGUGCUGGCGUUCUCUUUGCCUGCUUGGGAAUGGUUCUUGCUAUCCUUGCCUCCAACGCCGGCACCAAUGCACUUCCCGCGGGCGCUGAUAUGACCGGUCUCCUACCACGGUACAUCAACAUUGUCCGUGGACAGAUUAUUUGCGGUAUUCUGGGGCCUUUAUUAUUCCCCUGGAAGAUUAUUGCCGACGCAAAGAGCUUCCUGACUUUCCUGUCAUCAUACACCGUCUUCUUAAUGCCUAUAUGCGGUAUUAUGGUUGUUGAUUACUGGCUUGUUCGUCGGGGUAAUUUGCAUGUUCCGUCGUUGUAUAGCCGGGAUGCCGGUACUCCCUACACAUAUUGGAGGGGUUGGAACCUUCGUGCUAUCGCGGCCUGGCUUUCUGGGACGGCAUUCGUCAUCCACGGUGUCGCUGGGGCCUUGGAACCUAGCCUGACAAACCAGGCCAGCAAAAACAUGUACAAACUUGGAUUCCUGUUGAGCUUCCUCAUUGGCUCAAUAGUUUACUAUGCUGCCUGUCUAAUCUUCCCGGUCCCGAUAUACCCCGAGGGAAAGGAGGGCACUCACACAACCUGGGAAUAUAUGGCUGGCUCUGAGGGCUUCCUUGAAGGAGAAAGUGUUGAUACCAUCAGACUCAACCAUGGUGCCAUCAUUGGAAUCAAGGUCGAUGGAGGUAUCGAGAAAGACUAUUCCCUUGCGUCGGAAAAAGAGAUCGUUUAA